GAAAACACCUGAACAAUUCUGUGCAUGUUAAUGGGUCGUGCUAUGCGUCGGCCGGCUGAUCUUUUGAAAAGAUCGUCCGGGUCGCGAGCCGUCAGAUCUGGCAUCCAUCCUUACCUUUGCAACAUGGGUGAUGUUGCAGAAGAAACUUUUGCAACAUAGGUGAUGUUGAAGAAAGUUUUGCUUUGGUCUUCACCUUUGCAACAGAGGUGAUGUUGCGGAAGAAACUUUUGCAACUGAGAUGAUGUUGCAGAAAUGCUGCCGCUGUUGCCGGCGCGUGCCGCAGCAGCACCCGCCGUGGUUCACCGGCGCCGUUUACAACAUCGUCGUUGCAAUUGUAAUGCAAGAGGAUGCUUGUUGCAAAAAGCAACAUGAAACUCAUCCCCUUCUCCGCGUCGGCAACGCCGGAGCUGGAGGCGAGGUCGGUGCCAGGAGGGGCCGUUGCUGUCGGGGAUGGGGUGGAGGAGGUCGUCAGCGGCCGUACUGACCCUAGGCGCUCCUCGGUGGCACCAUGGUGGUGGAGGCGGCCGAUGACCGAGGAGAGGAGCUCGAGCUGCAUGUACAGGCCGGCGACGGCAAGUGGAGCGGCGGCGCGGCGAGAAGUGUGAGGCCGCGUGGAAGGGGUGGAGUGAGGGGCGCGUGCGGCUGGUGGCAGUGCGAUGAGAGGGAGAGGUAUGGCCGAAGCGCUUCCUCACUGGCGUCGGUGCCGGCGUUUCGGGUAGCGCAUGCUUGCCCAACGGCGCCGGCUGCCAAUCAGGCGUGGAGGAGAGAUGGGAUCGGGACGAGCCUGGAGGAAGAAGUCCCGACCGAUUUCUCGGUCUACAACCGACGCCCUGUUGUGAUCACGCGUCGGUGUUGUUACAAACCAGUGUAUGGGGUAGGGUUGCUUCGUGCCGUACGAUCAAAAUCUGAUUGGACGAUCGCCCAGUUAUCAGCCAGGUGAUCUCUCUUGUGUAAAUGAAAGAUUCCAUGUCGAUAAUUUCUACCCCUGAAAUCCAUAUAUGGUGGAAUAUAGAAUUUAUAACCAACCAAUCCUUCGGCAAGUUCCAGUGCUGGUUGUUCAAAUGUAGCUUUCUGGAUGUUUUUAUGGAAAAGAUUGAUCAAAUCAUCCAACUUCAAUAGAUUGGCAACAUCUUCGAUAUGAUCAUCGUUAUAUAGAUCUCUUAGCUUAUUUACCAUAUCUGUUAUGUUAACCAUGGCUUUCGAGUCGAACGACUAGUUGCGACUAUUCGUAGAGUCAUAACUGCAAGGUCAACUCAACAUGUCAACUCGACUAAUUGGCUGAGUCGAGCGACUCGAUCGACUAGUCCAGGUUUUUGAGUCGAUCGACUAAAAGUUGGCCCUGCCUGUCAUAUUUCUUUUUCUAUUUGCUUGCCCAAUCCCCCGUGAAACCUAGAUCGCCUAGUUUCCCCUCCGACCCAAACCUAUCCUGGCUUACGCGACCCUCUCCUUUGGCCGCUGCUGCCGCCCCACAAUCCUGCUAGCUGGCGCUGCCGCCAGCUGGUCUGCUCCCCCCCUGGUUGCUGCUGGACAUUGUAUGGAAAUGGUUUGUAUUACAGACUAUUAAUAAGUACUAAUAAUUUGUAUGUGCAAAAUUAUUAUGUGUGAUCAUCACAAUACUAAAUCAUGUAAACUAAAAGUAAAAUAUUCUAUGCUAUAAUAAAAUUAUCAUGUUGGGAACUCAUGGAUUGUUUUUUACAAUUCCUAUCGAAUCAUGGUAGCAUAAUUAAUUUCUUUAUGAAUAAUGCUUUUAAAAAAUAGACUUCUAAUCCAAAAGAAAUGUUAUUGAUGUGUCUGUGAAAUCUUUUAGCUUUUUCAAAUUCAAACUUGAAAAUACAGAUAAAAUUAUUUUGAUGUUAAUUUUCACAUUUUCAAACUGUAAACUUUAAAUAACUUAACAUCCUAUGAAGGAAAAAAAAUAUAAAUCUGGAUUUUCUAUAGGCUGUUUGAAUAUUUCUCUCAGCGAACAACAAUACUCCUUUCGUUCCAUAAUGGAGAAAAACAUUUACAUAUAUAAUGCCAAGAAUACAUCAUUAGAUUCGUCGUAAGAUGUAGUCUCAUAUUUUAUGUUCUUGGUAUUGUAGAUAUAAAUAGUUUUCUCCAUAACCUUGGUCAAAGUUUAGAAAGUUUGACUUCUCAAAAAAUCUAUAUGCACUACAUUAUGGAAUAAAGGGAGUAUUGCCAUUCGUACAAUUUUUUCAACAGCGUACUAAUUCUUUUGAGAAAAAUUAAAAAAAGUGCUUUCGUGCAUGCAUUCAACAGUAUUCAUGCGAGGAGAAAAUUGCUACUGCAGUAAUAUAGGCUGCUAGCCUCCACGUGUAAACUUGUUUAGGUUUGUAGCCUACACUGGAGUAGUAGUACUGCAUUGUCUAAUAGGGCCAGUUCACAACGUAAAGCUAGCUCGGUUGCUCCUCAUGUGAAAGUUCUCGAGCAAGUGUCGGGUUGGUCAGAUGCUAGCUGCGUUUAACUCUAGAAAGAUCCAUCGACCUUGUUUUGGCGCGCGGCCGUGUGAAGCGAAUCCCACAAACCAUGACCGCCGGAUCAGUUGGGUUCAACAUUGAUAAAUGGCAGUGAUUCAUCCCGUGGAAAAAAUCAACGGCUAAGAAAUGCUUCUGCAUCACAGUGGGUGGCUAAUCUGAAUUUGAAGAUUGGUGUACUAUAGUAGUAAAGAUAGAGAUAUAUAGUUAUAUACAUGUACUAUGGUAAUUUUAUUGCAUCUAUUGCUUAACUCAUGUCGACUAGUCGACCAUGAGUUUUGACUAGUCACGACUAGUCAAGAGUCAUUACCCCAGAACGACUCAUCGACUCGAAAACAUUGAUGUUAGCAUACGCCAGACUCUCAGGCAUGGCAAGUCCUAACCUCUGUAAAGCAUCCCAUUUUCUCCUUAAAUACUUCAAGAAGAGGCUAAGCGUUUCCGUUAUUUGAUAGUGCAAACUUAUUAUUUUGUACAAUUAUUGCGAGUCUGCUCUGAUUCUCUGAAUAAUUUGUUCUCUUUUUAUACUGUCUUUGCACUGAUACCUGGUCUUUACUUGAGAUGAUGUUAACUCUGCAGGCUGAUUACAUAAACACAUCUCAUCCAAGUUUCAUCGGUGGCAGCAAGGCUAUAGUGCAAGCACAUCUGCAAGUUAGAACCGCCAGAUUGCCUGCAAUGGUGGUUAGGAGGGAUGGAGAUGCCGAUGGGCCACAGGAUUCUGAAAGAACCCGAAAAUCACACGCAUUAUUGGGUAGAACUACUGGUGUAAAUGGAAUUAUCACCGAACAGAUCCAGCAGGGGGUACGCCCUGCUGCUGGCGCAGAGAGACCAGGAUCUUCAGGUAGUGGAAGCACUUCUUUUUGGGGCUCAAUAUUCACCUCAAGCGAGGACCGUAAGCAUUCUUCAGCUAGAGAUAGCUCAGUGAACAAAUCUUAUGCUUCAGCUACUCCCUACCUGGAACAUUCUUUCUCUUCAAUACAGUUAAAAGAGCUGCCGCUAGUCCCUUCAGAAAGCCACUCUGAGCAGGAAGACCUUGAAAUAACAUUCACAAAAUUGCUGCUGCAGUCAUACUACAAUAUAGUCAAGAAAAACGUCGAGGAUUUCAUACCAAAAGCGAUUAUACGUUUUCUGAUGCAGAUCUUUGUCAAGACCCUCACUGGCAAGACCAUCACCCUUGAGGUGGAGUCUUCUGAUACCAUUGAUAACGUCAAGGCCAAGAUCCAGGAUAAGGAGGGCAUCCCUCCAGAUCAGCAGCGCCUCAUGUUGGCUGGCAAGCAGCUGCAGGAUGGCAGGACCUUAGCUGACUACAACAUUCAGAAAGAAGCCACUAUUCACCUUGCCCUCCGUCUGAGGGGAGGCGUGUCUGCGACGGGUCUGCCUGACACAUGCUUGCUCGAGAUCUGCCGCCGGAUCUGGUGCGAGAUUGAUCAGAUCUUUAUGUCGAAGGCUUGUCGAGACUGGCACAGUGCCCUAGACAACUCCCUACGGCUGAACGCCCAACAGCAUCCACCCCUUAUACAGGCUCAGUUGCCUUGGCUUCUCCGUGUGCGCGGGGAUCCUUCAGUGGUGGGGGAUCCUACAUCUGUGGAGGAUCCCUCAAGGAUGGAACUGACUUGCUUUCCGAACGGCAGAGAGCCUUGCAACUGUGACAUUAAUUGCCUUUGCCGCCACCCCGCUGAUGGUAUCUACCAUGUGCACCGCACCCGCCUCCCGGAGAACAUUACUGAAGCUCGAUUCUAUGGAUCGUUCGAAGGGAGACACCUGUUCCUCGCACUUGAAGGAACCAGUGGUCAUAGACUUCGAUCUUUGAGGACUGGUCUAGAUAUCUUGCUUCCAGAAGCUGUUCACAUCAAUGGGGCUGCUAUCCCUUGUAUAAUGCUUGCAGCAACAGUGUCUGGUCCUCCGGAUGGCCUCAAUUGUGUUGGCGGAGCCAUUGUGCACUAUUAUUCAGAUGGGAGAGCAUAUAGGCGUGCCGCCUUUUGGCGUUUGGGCAGGACACAACCUAUGCUCACAAGAAGCCCAUUCCCGUUUCUGAAUGAGGAUUAUGAAGAUAUAAUGUGGCAUAAUGGUGCCUUCCACUUGCUGUUAAGUUCUGAGUGUGUCAAUGUUUUUGUCCUUCAGUUGACUGAGCAUGGAGAUGGCAUAAGCUUUGAGAAUGGCUUAAUGAUGGUGGAUGCAAGGCAUUUCAACAAUGAGGUGAUUAUUGGAAGGUAUAUCCUUGUCUCAAGGGGUGAGUUGCUGCUGGUGUUGAGAAUUUCUGGUGAUAGCGAUUCGUUCCGGGUAUUCCAGUUGAAAGAACUUGACACACCUCGAGGUUUGACCACGCAUGAGUGGACAGAACUAGAGGACCUUGAUGAGAGGGUUCUGUUUGUCGGCAAAGGCUCUGGCAGGUCCUAUGAGAAGUCCGAGUUCCCUGGUUUUGGUGAGGGCGGAUUUCUAUUCUUUCUGGAUGAUGAAUAUCUCAAUGAUGUGCCGAGGAGUGUUGUCAUGAAUGGACCAUACCGGGGCCUCAUUACUGGUUGCUGGAGAAUAAGAAAGUCAACUCGCAGGGAUAUUGAAAUUGUAGACGGUCACUGGAAAGUGAAAGUGUUAUUCGACAAGUGCAUUGAAUAUGUGUUCUUAGACCAGUAUUAUGCCAGACACUCUCCUCCAGUAUGGUGCUUGCCAUAAGACUCUUCC